AGGCAACAACUUCGGCGAAAAGACGAACAACGCAUAUAAUGAAUCUUGCAUGAGUGAAUGAGUAGGGAAGUAGCUUCAAACUACCUGAUUUGUCGGAAAUGCCUGGUCCAAGCCAAAUCGGUGAGGACCCCUUCCCUUUUGCACUGACUCUGGUUCGAACCUCGUUGCUUUCUCCCCUGCCAACAGGAUGCUAGCCACUUGGUGCCAGACUCUGGCUUUGCAGGGAUAGUUCAUAAUCAAACACCCGAUUCUCCUUGUCUAACUUACUCUGAUAUUACAUUUGAUCAGCUGUGCCACCACGAUAACGUUAGAGAACGCUUUGUCCAAAAGGAAGAGUCAGGUUCCGGUUUCAGAAGCAUUGCGAUAGUUCGGCAGACUGGAUGACUAGGUGAUAGAAAUGGCAGCGGAAAGACAAAGAUACUCCGCACGGGUGAACGGUGGACAUCCACAGAUUGGCUCGACAUGUGAGUCGGGGAGCCUUUGUCUGUUGAAGCAAAGCCACGGUUCCGGAAGAGUGAUGGUCGUCUAUCGCCUAUGUCCUAGAUCGAUCCUGAACGUCGAAGAGUACAGUGCCAUACCCCCUCAACUCUCCCAGUCCACCUACACUGUUGAGCGAGUCCGCGCUCCGCGUAUCGAACGAGCAAUGUGCUAUCACUACGCCCACAAGCACAUUUGUGGCCACACCGAGCGUGUCUUCGCUCAGCACUGCCGGACGGCGGCACUGUCGCAGCGUAAGUGCACGACUGCGGGACAUAUCUGGGCAACGGUGAAAGUGAGAGCGCGCUGCUCGCGGUGUGACGGGGAGCCAUUGCGGGAGCCUUCGAUCCCGACGACUGCGAGACAGGAGCCGUAGACGGCUCCUGUACGACAUUGAAGAUGGUCUGCUUGGCUGGUGUUCGAACCAUUGUGGCGAAGAUCGAACGCAGUCAACGCGGCGCCGGACGACUUUGUAAGCUGCGGUGGCGGUCGUCGGCAGUGGAUGGAGAGGCAAAGCUGCAGACACGAUCCUGACCUCCGCUCACAGAUCAUCAUCCAGUAGGAUGUGUCAGGCUGUCUGCCCACUCUCGCUGCUCAUCGGGACAGUGCCUGAAGAGGAAAGGAGAACCGCCUGUGAGGAGAAAGUGCAGGCUCAGCAGCCAGGC